CGCCCCCCGUGCCCCCAGUCCUCAGUCCGUCGCCGGCCGCCGCGCGCCCCGCCCGUCCGAGCCCAGCUCUGCCGCGCGUCGCGAGUGAUCUCCAAGUGAUGUCGACUUGUGACUAGUGCCAUGAUCGUGCUCCGCUGUGCCCUCCUGGCGGCACUCCUCGCCGCCGCCGCUGCUGCCUGGCAGGAGAACGUCAGGCCCAAAGUCUUCGCGCAAUUAGGAGUCGACGACACCCACAAGUUCCUGGGGAACGAGACACACACAGACUACUUCAGAUUAUUGUUAAGAGACGGAAACUAUCUGCUCGUCGGUGGCAGAAAUGUGGUGUACAACCUCAGCCUCACAGACCUGACGGAGCAGCGCCGCCUGGUGUGGUACUCCCCGGAAAAUGACGUCAGAAUGUGCGUCGUCAAAGGAAAAGACGAGGAGAGCUGUCAGAACUACAUCCGAGUUCUGGUGUCGCUGGGCACGGGCCGCCUGCUGGUCUGCGGGACCAACAGCUUCCGACCGUUCUGUCGGGAGUACAGCGUGCAGCGGGACUCCUACCAGAUGGAGCGUGAGAGGUCCGGACAGGCCGUCUGCCCGUACGACCCGGAGCAUAACUCCACUGCUGUGUACGCGGACGGGGAGUUGUAUUCGGGAACAGUAGCAGACUUCAGUGGGAUGGAACCCAUCAUCUAUCGGGAACCUCUGCAGACAGAACCCUAUGAUUCUAUGACUUUAAAUGCUCCUGAUUUCGUGAAUUCUCUCGUACAUGGCAACUUCGUGUAUUUCUUCUUCAGAGAAACAGCUGUCGAGUAUAUCAAUUGUGGGAAGUCGGUGUUUUCCCGCGUGGCGCGAGUUUGCCGCGACGACCGUGGCGGGCCUCACCGCUUCAAGCAGCGGUGGACCUCGUUCCUCAAGUCGCGACUCAACUGCUCCGUGGCUGGCGACUUCCCUUUCUACUUCAAUGAAAUACAAUCAACAACGGAGCUGAUAGAGGGCGUGUAUGGCGGUCUGAAUGCGCAGCUCAUCUACGGCACCUUCACGACUCCUCCCAACAGCAUAUCAGGGAGUGCCGUCUGCGCGUUCAGCAUGCAAGACAUCGCUGACACCUUUGAAGGAACCUUCAAGGAACAGAGCGCUAUCAACUCCAAUUGGCUGCCUGUCAAUAGUGCCAAGGUGCCCGAGCCACGUCCAGGCACCUGCCACAAUGAUUCGAGGCUGCUCCCGGAUCAAACACUCAAUUUCAUCAAAGCUCAUGCGUUGAUGGACGAGUCCGUGCCUGCCUUCUUCGGGGAACCUAUUGUUAUUAGGACUAGUUUCCACUAUCGAUUUACACAAAUUGCUGUAGAUCCACAAGUGAAAACACCUGGUGGGAAAGCUUACGAUGUUUUAUUCAUUGGAACAGACAACGGCAAAAUCAUCAAAGCAAUCAACGCCAUAUCUUACGACUCCAACAAGCGCGCUGUGCCGGUGGUGGUGGAGGAGCUGCAGGCGUUCGCCGGCGGCUCGCCCGUGCGCGCGCUGCGCGUGGCGCGCGCCGGACGCGACGCCGCGCGCCUCAUCGCCGUGUCCGACAGGGAGGUGCUCAGUCUGCGACUGCACAGGUGCUCCAGUGACAAGAUCAGCUCUUGCUCUGAAUGCGUAGCUCUUCAAGACCCGUACUGCGCAUGGGACAAACAAGCGGGUCGGUGUCGGGCCUUCUCUCAUGGAGUGAGUCGUUGGCUCGACGAGAACUCCUUCUACCAGAGUGUGAGCACUGGUAGCCACGCUGCUUGUCCGCACAGUAAAGAUGCAGGUGCUGUUGGUGGUUUAAGUUCAGGACUAUACGAUGAUGCCAGAGAAACUAAAGGCGAAGUUAUCAACAUCGUACAAGACAAAGAUGGCAAAGGUAGCAACAGCAACAAUGAAGGUCCAGAAGUUCUAGCAGCUGAUCCACCACCAGCCGCUUAUUCUGUGGAAACCUUGGCUUUGGCCGUAGCAGCUGGAGCGCUGGCAGCAUUAGGAGCUGGCUUCGCGGCCGGUUAUAUCUGCGGACGACGAUGCAAGAAGGACGACGAUGAUAACAUGCCGUAUCCCGACACGGAGUAUGAAUACUUUGAACAGAGACAAAAUAUAAACAGAAUCCAAGCGGAACCCAAGCUGCUCCAGCAAGUGGAGGAAGUGACAUACGCCGAGCCCGUGCUGGCCCCGCAGCCGAAGCCAGCGUCGCCCCGCGCGACGCUCCGCAAGCACCCCCCGUACCACCCCCACCACGAAACACUGUUUCAGUUCCAACCUGAUGCCUACCGCCGCGACAACUUCGGGACGCUCCGCUCUCAUCAGUUAACGCAGGAAUAUUCGGACCGCAGGGCGAUGGCUACCGGCGCGGCAACGACAAUGGUUUCUCGACCACGCGCUCAGUGAAGAAGGUGUACCUCUGAGAAACAAGCGGGGCGGACGCGCGCGAUCAAAUGCAUCAUCAUAAGCAUAAUACACACCACCACCAUACGUUGGUGUCGCAGCGCAGCAGCGGCUCGGGCUCCGGGUCGGGGUCGGGCACGGGGUCGUCGUCGUCUCCGUCGCCGCCGUCGUCGUCGCCGUCCCCCUCGGGCGAGCGCCCCCCCACCCCGCCGCCCCCCGCGCCGCAGCCCUGCGCUUACAUCUACCGCAACUAGCGCGCCGCCCCGCACGAACCAUGGCACGACCUUCUCGCCCCUACACUUUGAACGGACCGAAAUCCCAUCAGUGAUCGUUCCAUUCGAUAAUGACUGUGGACUAUGACAUUCCUAAGAAUGUUCCAAUCGUGAUGAACUCUCGAUCAACCUCUCCUCCUAGUAGAUAACGACCGACUUCGUACAAGAAGAUUGCCUAUGCGUUGUAUAAAUUGUACUUUCCACGCGUGUUGAUCGCGCUUAAGGACGAACAAAAUUAUAUCGACUGAGUGGAAAUAUAAAUUGUCACAGAUCGAUAUGUGAUGAGAAACUUUCUUCCAUGAAAAUAAAUAUACGUACCGGUGAUUAUCCGCAAUGUAAAUCGAUCGUCCCACUCGGGAUAUAUGUGACAAAAAUAUGUAUUUUUUUUAAAAGACGGAACAAUAUUAUCGAUUGAUGUAUGUAAGAUGAUUAAUGUAACAAAUUGUAGAUUGUUUAGAUUAUACAUAGUUUACAAAUAAUUUAGGUGAAAAUAUAAGUUUUUGUUGGUAACAUGUUGAUGAAUAGUUAAUGUGAAGUUGGGAAUGGCAUUGCAGUUUUUAUUAAAUUCAAUCUAUAUAAAUCUAGGUCUUAGACUACGGUUUCCCAUUGUUACACCUCAUGAGUAAAUUUAGUCGGUAAAGCUGUUAUAGACAGACUAACAAAAACUGCAAUACGUUCGCCGAUCGCUUUUUUACAUACCUACUAUUUGUAGUAUUAUGUCUUUAAGUAUAGGAACGAUUCUCUUAUUCUAAAGUUUUAGAUGGUACUAUAACUGGACAAAACUAAUGGUGGUCCUGGUGAAUAAACCGUAGCACAAUCCUUGACAACAUCUACAGGAUUCGUGACUCGCCUUAAAUCAGUGUCCAGCUCAUAAGUGUUGCCUCGUUAUACUAGAUUAAACGAUGAUUAUAAACAUUAUAGUUGAUACCAAUCAACAUUAUGAGACAAAAUAUAAUAAAAAUUAUAUUUACCAUGUAUAAAUGAUAUUAUGUAAAGUUCUGAUUACUCAUUCAUUAAAAAGUGCUUCUUAUGGGUGUAUUUAGAUUAUUAGGGGAUCGUUUUGAUAAUUAUUCGAUAAUGUUAUAGAUUUAGCUAUUAUGUAUACAUAGAUACAUAGUGCUAAGAGGCACUGUGAUGCCACAUUGCCAAUUUAGAUUGUUGGUGCAUCAUUAUGGGGUUACGACGUGUAACUGUGAUCAUUAUGUACAUACAUUCUGUGACACUUAACAAAUCUCCUUUUUAGUCUACUGUCUAAAUUGAAAUUUCCAGAAAAGUGGGCCAAACGUUAAAAAUCCUUUUUCGAUAAAGACGUUCCUGUUACUAUUUUGUAAUACGUGAAUAAUCUAUACAAUUUCUUGUAGAUAAUGGCUUUUCUAUUGUUUUAAAAUCUAGCUAGAGUUUACUUUCAACCCGAGGAAUGACUAGUGUUCAAACUCACCUUCGCUCAUUGUUGACAAUUGAAUGUGUGUAAAAAAAAUGUCAAUUCUAUUUGUAAUGACUUAGUGCCUAAGUAUGUGUGGCAAGUUUGUAUUUUGUACAUUACAACAAAUCCGUUUUUCCUUUUGACAGACAAAAGAGAGACGUUAGAUCGCCUUUAGAUUAGUGAUUAAAAUAUCUAGAUAACAUUCUUAAUUACCUACUUCCUGAAAUCUUUAAUGAGCAAUUCAUAAACUUUUAUUCCCAAAGGUUGGUAGCUUCUUGGUUGUUUCCGAUGUCAUGGAAAAAUCAGCAUUAAAACAUAGCGCAUAAAGCUCAAUUUACCAUGAUACCGUAUUGUUUAAAACUUUAAUUUUACAAAUAAGUUAAAUGAUUGAUUGAUUGUUAAUUUGGGAGUAUAGCAACAUUAUAGUUUUCAGGUUGUGAGGAGACAGAUUUUAUACGCCAUAAUAAUGCAGACUGCCGGCAAAUACUCAACUGUUUUUUCUUUAACAUAAGUUUAUACUUACGUACCAAAGAUGCCAUGAUUUUAAUGUAAUUAUUUAUUUGUAGUAGUAAUCGCUAAUAACAUUACUCAAUAACGUUAAUUGUUACGUUAAUUAUGAAUGUAACUGCCAAUUCGUAUAUUACUUUAUAAAUAACCAAAGUAACGCACAUGUAUUAUUUCUUAAAAUUAAAGUUUAUAAUGUAUUACCGAGCGGUAAAUAGUCGCUUUUACGACACGGCCGGUCUUAUUUGGACAAGUUAACUUACCUACAUUUAAAAUGAUAACCAAUGUUCAGUGAUAAAAUGUAUUGAAUUACAUACACACUACAGCUGUGUUUUAUUCGACGUUUUACUUACCUUGUCGACUUAUCUAGGUAUUUGAAACGUCGUAUAAGACACGUGAAUUAAGCAUUCAACAAGCUUGUCCUUAUUAUAGCGCUCGGCUUUGUCUCGCGCGGUAAACCCACCUCCUUUAAUGUUCAGCAUUUAUCAUAAUCUACUAUUGACUACACUUUAACUUUAUUAAAGUCAUUUAGGAGAAAAUAUAUCGAUGGUGCAAACGGUUGUCAUUUCUCUCUCGAACCGGAAAGAGAAAGAGACAAACUAAAAAUGGCUACACUCUAAAGCUAUCGUAUAUACUGCGGACCUGCUUACUUACGUUGUCAAGCCACAUUGAGCAUUCAGUCAUAAGUCAUUAAGCUCAAUGUAGCUUGUCAAAAAACAAGCUGCUCAAAAACAUUUGGGAACAUGCAGUACGUAAAUACUUGAGAAUGCCACCUUCAAUAUCAACCUUAACUUUGAGAAAAUAAAAUCCAUCUUGUCUUGAACAUUAAGGUUUAUCAUUUUUUUGUAAGUAAUGACAAAAUUCGUAACACAUACGUAAGGAGGCUAGUACAUGUAUAUAGCGAGUUCUGUAUUGUAAUUAGUUUCUUCGAGUAAGUAAAUUACCUAGUAAGCGUUAGUGUUAAGCGCAAAAAUUUUUGAAGGCGAAUUGUUAAGAAUUGUUUUUUGUAAUACUUAAAAUUAUUGAUGAAAUGUACAAUAACCAUUUCUAUGUUUAAAUUACUGAACCACCUUUUUAUACUCGUAAAAUUAAUUGUAAACUUAAAAGCCUAGAAGUUUCUUAUAAGCGUAAAUUAUUGAUUUAUAAUAUAUUGAGAAGUAUAUAGAACGUAUCGUAACGUAGUAUAUUAUAGACCGCUUAUUUUGUUUUGAAACUCGAAGCCUUAGUGUUAGAAAUUGAAGACUUUUAUUGAAAUAAAAAUCUAAGUAAAUUUAAUUACAGAGGAUUGAAUUUUAAUAUAAAAAAUCCGCAACUUUAUUGAAUAAUGUUAAGGUAUCGCAUUUACACAUACUCUCAACUUACUAUUCAUCACAUAAAAUUUUUUGCUAUUUUUGAUUUGUGCAAUAUUAUUUAUUUUUAAAGAAUUGUACUAUAAAAAAAGUUUAAUUUAUUUUUGUUUCUAUGUAAUCAUCAUGACAUGCUUGUCCAGGUUUGACGGCUAAAAAGCUGUUUUCAAUUUCUUCAAAUUUAAAAAAUACACAACGAGAAAUCACUGCCAAACACUUCAAUAGGUAUGUAUUCAAAGUGUUCUUCUAAGUUACAAGGGACAAAUUUAUUCAAUCACAUGGUUUUUUAUUAAGGAUUCUGCAUCGUUACAUUCAGCGUUGCCAGAAGUCGCAAUUAUGAUGGGACGCCUCUGGCCCACUACUUUUUGAUUUGCAAUUUCGAAGCAAAAAAGAACAUGACAUUUUGACAUACCUUUGCACAAAGAGAAAAUCUAAUUAAUUUUCAAUACAAUUUAGCUAUUCUGUUUUAAUAAAAAAUACUUGUAAAAAAAUUAUAUAACUAUAUGAAUUUACCUUACGUUUAACGAAAUAAUUCCGCUUUUUUACUCAUUAGAUAGAUAUCAAAAUCCCCUUUGACAAAAAAAAUCUGGCAACGUUGGUUACAUUCCUGAACUUAUGAUUACUAAAUCUAUGGUGUCAAGAAGUAUAAGUAUCAAGAAAGAAAGCGUUAUGAAGAGAGCAUAAUGCAACGGAAACGACUAACGACUACGCCGACAAGAGCCUCGCUCUUACAAGUUAAUGAUGAUAGUACCUAUACAUAAGUACCUACUUGUUUAUACCAUCAAACCAUAGAGAGUACAAAUCAUAGAUUCAUAAGUAAGUAAAUACGAAAAGUAUAUUUAACAAACCUUUAUAUUUUUAUUAUUGAAACAGCUUUUUGGAUGUCUGCAAUAGUUAACUUUUGGUUUUAUAAAUAUUUUCUUUGCCGAAGAAAUAAGUAAUUCAGUGAAGAGGUGAUGAAAAUUUUACCUUAUUUUAUUACAAAAUGUGUCUUAACUUUGGAAGAUAAUUAAUUAUCAGUGUAUUUCAUUUUUAUUUGUAUCACUGCUGUUGCCAUCUUUAUUUUUUAAUCUCUCUUGUAGCUUAAUAGCAUUAUUUGGAAAUUACAAUACCUACUAUUUUUUUACGAGGAUUAAAUUAGACAAAACGAUUCAAACUUCUAAGAUUAAUUUAAUUUGUCCUUCCUUUUUGUAUUCCAGACAGUUUGUAAUAAGGUAAAGGUGAAUAAGUGGAAUGAGUGUAAAUCAGAAUCAGGAGUAAAACAGUAACUAUGGGAAGUGCCUAACUAAUUUACUUGCAUCUGUAGUUGUUAACAGACUCAAGCCAAGCCGUAGUUUCUGUAGCGUGCCUUUCCUUGUAUCUUCAUUUAGCUACAGCCGUUGAGAAACUCUAGGAAAGGAAUUAUGUAGGAAAGUAGUUUUCAUCGAACCAACGAUCUCUUGAAUUCAUUUGUUUCUAAUAACCAGACCAAGGAAUAUAUAUGGUCGUGAUUAUUUUAACUUCACAUAUUUCGCAAUAGGUACCUGUAUGUAAUAGAUCACACAGUCGACCGCACGUCAAGUAACCCUUUAACGAGGAUUUUAUGUAACAUGAUAUACACUGACGACUGUACCUCUACCUACUUACUUUGAUGGCCACAAAUCAAUUCUAAAUGUACCUAUCUCAAGUUGACUCCUGAUACUGCCUAAUUUCUUUCCUGAGUAUUUGCAUUAAGUAACUAAUUGUUAUUACUAUUUAACCCCUGUAAUUUUAUCAACCUUCCCAUACAUGUUUAUAAAUACAUAUUAUUUAAAGAGAAUUUGCUUUUUAGACACUCCAUAGAUAUAAGUAGGGGUUUUAUAAAUAAUAUUAAUAAUGCAAAAAGCAAAUGCAGUGAUAGAACUGUUACACCAUAAUCGCUGCCCGUAUUUAUAAUGUGCAAUUUUUUUAUAAACUAGAAACAAAUAGAUGAAGAGAUAUCGAUUAGAAAACAUGAAAAUGGCACCGCCGAUCAAUUUCAUAUUUUCUUUAUCGAUGUUCGAAAUGUUAUGAUCAUUUUCUCAUUGAAAUAUUAUUAAUAUUAUGCUAAAUAUUUUAGCAAAUGAUAAAAUGUAUUCCUUUUCUUUAGUAAAUAAAACAUUGAAACUA